AAAAUGAAAUGUCACUGAUGUCAUAGUUUUGCAUUGGUCUUUUUAGACGCCGUAGUAUGCCUGGACGAUUGUUGUCGUCUUUUCUGAAUUUGGAGACGUGGGAAAAUGGGGACAGCUUUGACAGUCACGUGUGGCAAAGACAUCACACACCCAUCUUUGAACCAGGUUUCCUGCUUCGGCCACAUAGAUCCAGCCUGCACUCCCAUUGGCAUGACUUCGUGUCCUUCAUGUCCUUCAAGAAGAAGAAGGGCAACGGCAACGACCACAUGAACAAAUGCCUGUGUCCCGUGCUGGGCCAUUGCGUUCCGGGUUUUCAAUGUCCCAUGGGCGAGCACAUCGACAGAUCGAAGUGCUUCAGUACCGUCACAGUGAAGUACCCACCAGACCCCGAGUAUCAGAAAUGCCUGAAGCAGAAGGAAGAAGACCCGGAAAAAAAGUGCAAGCCGAAGAUUCUCAAAGACUUGAAGAUCAAGGGCGGUGGAUGGUUCGUGACAGGUGGCGAAGACCACCCCAUUGUCUGGAAGGUGGAUGGAAUAGCAAAAGCUAUGGGAAUCCGACGAGGCUACGAGCUCAUUGCCAUCGAUGGAAACCAAGCGGACUGGCGCGAGCAGGGCUACAAGGCCUACGUCAAGUCCCUAAACUGGAACCGCCCACCGCCCAAUGGGCCCUACGAGUGUGAACCGGGAGACAGUUGCAAACCGGCAGCCUGCCCGUCGACUCCUCCACUGCCUCCACCACUGCCGCCGGCACCGCCGGGAGCGAAAGGCCACCGCUUUCCAAUGGCCUUCCAGGCGAUCGAGGCUCCUAGGGCUCCUAUGGCUCCGAAUCCUGCGGAUCCUACGGCUCCUGCGGCUCCAGAAACCGAGGUGCCAGAGGGACCGCCACUUGCAUGCUCUCCAAACGGUCACAGUCUGACAUUCAAAGUCACGGCACCUGCCUGGAUGUUUUGGGCUGGUCCCAAGACCACCUGCAAACCUUUCCGUGAGACCUGCUGCACAGAAGCUUCAACGAGGGAGAAGCCUGAAGAUAUUUUCGCGGAGAGUUGCGCCAGUAAGGAGAUGUGCAAACCACAAGAGAGUUGUGAUCAAAUGGAGGGAAGACCCGGAAUCUGCAAGUACCAGGUGGUUGAGCUGAAGGGUGACUACGAUGACGUCCAGGAAAACGAGGAUAAACAGGAAGAAGCUGCUGCGAAAGCAGAAGAGCAGGAACAACAGAAGGAACAAGAAGACGAGCAAGAAGAAGAAGGAGAACCAGAAUGAAUUCCAGGCGUCGAGAAGUCAAGUGAUUCGCAUGAGGAAUGGCUGAAAGUUUGGUUAAUCUGAUAAAAAUGGUGAUGAACAUUCCCAC